GUAUAAAAUAGGAAGACGACUGGCUGUAAGACUUAGUUUGUGUCCAUUAGUGGUACCUUGCUUUUAAUAAUGCUAAGGUACGCAUUAGCAGUGGUAGCUGGCCUAUUUUUGGCCUCUACUGUUACAGUAGUAGUAGCAGACAGGAAUCUUGACAUACCCUUUCCAUUCAACUGUUCAACAAAGACAGUUUGCUCGGGAUUGAGAAUAAAACUGCCCAACGAAAAUGAAGAAUAUAACGCAGUGUAUGAUGACUAUGUCGACGGCGCACUAUAUUUCAAUGUAUCAAACAAAGUUGGUAAUAAUUUGACUUUGCUCAUCGGAGGACUCGAAAACAACAGAUUCCGUAUCAUUAUCGAGGAACCAGAUCAUCACAGAUACAAGUUGCAAUAUUCCCUUGAAAAGGAACCUACAAAUGUCUCAUUAACUGUGAAUGCAAUUAGUGAAUUCUAUGUGAUAGCUUCGGACAAAUUCAAAAAUAAAGUAAUCGUCCACUACAAUCCAUUAAGCAUCGAAUUCUACCAUGAUGAUGCAUUGGCAACUGUUUUGGAAGGCAACAGGAUCAUUUUCCAAAAUACCGAGGAAGACCAAGAUUUCACCUUCGGCGUCAGAUUUGUCGGUGCUGAACGCUUGAUUGGUCUACAUGAGCACGUUGAUGACCUCUCCCUUAGACACACAGCCGAUUACAGUAUCGACCCUUACAGAUUGAGAAACACAGAUUUCGGUAUGGUUAAGUAUGAUCUGAACACAACAGAAUCUAUGUACGGAUCCGUCCCAGUCAUUUACGGUUUUGGAGCCAACACUUCCGGUAUCUUUUUGCACAACGCAGCUGAGAUGUUUAUUGACAUUGAUAAUAACAGAAAAUCAGCUUAUUUCAUGGUUAAUGGAGGUACUCUUGACUUAUUCGUCUUAUUAGGACCUUCUCUAAAGGAGACUGUCAGACAAUACGUAGAUUUGACUGGAAAACCUCAUUUGCCUCAACUUUGGGCUUUGGGUUACCACCAAUGCAGAUGAUUGCUACAACACCACCGAAGACGUUAAAGAAACCAUCGGCGACUUUGA